AUUCUGUUGGAUGGUAAUUGGUACCAAUAAUUAUAGAUUAAAUGUUAUCUAUUUGAAAACAACAAUGAACUAAUGGUGUAUUCUAACUGAUAAAGCAUAUUAUAUGAUGAUAAGGAAACUAAAUACUAGAUCAAAUGCUCUGUGGCGCUAGAAAACGUUUUGCUUCUAGGCGUUUUCACUGCAGUUAACCAUGGCAGAGAAAACAGUUGUGAUACUAACCAAACUGGGUCAGUUAAGAGGACUGGUUGGACAAUCUGUCUUGUCUGACAAAAGUUAUUAUGGAUUCUUAGGAAUUCCUUAUGGAAUACCACCUGUGGGAGCACUUAGAUUUAAGGAUCCUCAGCCAUUUGGCAGCUGGGAGGGAGUGAGAGAUGCAACCGAAGAUGCGCCCUCUCCUAUACAACCAGUAUUUGCUCAUCCACCGGGAACACUAAAUAUUGAUGGUGAAGAGGACUGUCUGUAUCUUAAUGUGUUUAUAAAUCAGUUCCCAGAUAAAUCCAACAGUCUGAAGCCUGUGGUUGUGGUUUUUAAUCAGGGAGCCUUUCUUAUGGGAUCUGGGAAUUCAAAAAUAAAAGGUCCCGACUAUUUUCUGGAGUCAGACAUUGUGGUUGUCACCUUUAACUUUCGAUUAGGAGCUCUUGGGUUUCUGUCUCUGGAGAACGAGGAAGUCCCAGGCAAUGCAGGGCUCAAGGAUCAGACCCUGGCAUUGAAGUGGGUCCAUGACAACAUUGACAGUUUUGGUGGUGACCCAAACAAUGUCACCAUAUUUGGUAUCAGUGCUGGGGGAACCUCUGUUCAUUUCCAUUUGCUAUCUCCAACGUCCAGAGGGCUAUUUCAUAAGGCAGUUACACGGAGUGGUACAGCCCUGAAUCCAUGGUCAAUUCAGGAAAACCCUCAGGCCAAUGCCAUAAAACUGGCCAAAACUCUGGGUUGUACGUCUGAGGACCCUGGUGAAGUGCUUCGAUUCCUGCAAGCUGUAACUGCUAAUGACAUUGUGAAUGCCACCAACAAGAUGUCCACAGACAAGGAAGUAACAGCAAAAAAGGCCACCUUGAUAUUUCUACCAUGUGUGGAAGUCUCUAGCAAAGAGCCAUUUCUGGAAGAAACUCCUGAAAGUCUCAUGGAGAGUGGACAGUUUGCUCAGGUUCCUAUCAUCAUAGGAGGCUGUGUUCAAGAAGGAGUUGUGCUUGCGUUUUUUGGUGCGAUAAGUGACAGUGCAUUAAAAAAUGUAAACGAGAAUCCUGCUUGGCUUGUACCAUCUUUUCUGGAAUUGAAAUCUGGAAGCAAAGAAGAGAAAGAGGCACAAGAGGAAAUUUGGGAUUUCUACUUCAAAGGAAACCCUAUUUCCUGGAGCAAUGUUCAAGAAUACAUCAAAUAUCAAAGUGAUGUCCAGUUUAAUGUUGGAAUUGAGACCACAAGGACAUACUUGAUAGGAAAGUCUUCAAUGCCAGUAUACACUUACCUGUUCACCAAUCAUUCUAGGUGCAAGUGUAUCUUAAUGAAAAACAUGUUUCCAUUUACAGAAAUUUACACCAAAGAGACUUGUCAUGGAGCAGACUGUUUGAUAUUCUACAAAAACACCAACUUGCCUCUGCCAUUGACUCCGGAUCAGGAAGAAGUUAUUAAAAAAAGUGUUCAGUCUUUGGCAGCUUUUGCUUCAACUGGUGAUCCAAAUUGCGGAGAUCUUGGUGUGACAUGGAACAGAGAUUCCCAGAGCGAUCCGUGUUAUAUGGACGUAGGAACUACUUGGGUACUUAAGGACGGGACACCUUUCACUGACAGAAUGGACUUCUGGAAAGGACUUAUACAAAAAUACAGGAGAAUUUAGAAGAUCUUGUGCAUUCCUAUACAUUGCAGUACUAAAGCACGUUUAAACUGAUUACGUAAAAGGCUAUUUAAAUACAUUGAGUUUGUUCUGUU